AUGCGCAAUUCAACUAAGUGUAUUAAUGUUCAUUGGCCUGGGGCUACGUUCGAAGAUGGUGAGCUAGAAGAGGCGGAAGCACCAAAUAUUAGCACCCUGAAAGUAGACGAUGCAACAUCCGCACCUGCUGCUACUGCAGGAACAAGCACUGCUGCUACUGCCACCACCACGACAGAAGUUGAUUUUAUUGGCGCUCUCAUCUCUGCCAUUUUCAAUCCGCCAAAUGUUCAGGAGACAACACCUCCUACGCCUGCAUUAAAAACCGAAAUUUCGGAUACUGCAUCUGUAUUGAUGCCUACCUCUGUUGCCGAGUCUCUGCUGCCACUGUCUGAAAUAGCUUCCAUGUUGAAUAUUACAGAUCCUCUGUUGACUACAACUCAUACCACCAUCACUAGUAUGGUAACAGUGACUCCGACUGCUGCUCCUUCGAUCUCUUCAGGCACAAAUGCAUCCGCAUCAUCAUCUGUCUCGUUUGGACUACGCCUUGAAGCCAAUCUUUUCUAUCCAAUGCUGAUUUUUGUAUUAACAACAGUUUUUAUUUAUUGA